AUGUCCUCUCUUGAGCAACUCUACAAGCAGCUAAAAGAUGAGCUUAGGGCUGCUAAGCUCGAGAUGCGGCGAUUGAUAGAAGAAAACAAGAGGAUUCGUAGUAAUCCUCCUGUUGUGAGUCUUCAGGUCAAGAGGGGAACCUGGCACUGCACUGAGGGGCUGCCCAUUGCCAUCUCAAAGCCACUGUUUGUAACAGACAUCAAGGACACAGGGAACCAGCUUUCCUCUUUCAGAGGACUCGUGUUGCGAUCCAUAGAGGUAAUGCAUGCAGCAUCUGGGCACGGGCCCACCGCCGGGGGAGCUGGACGAAAUCUGUCUGUGGGCCUCAUCAGCGUACUGACGGACAUCGUGUGGAAGAGCACUGUCUCUUGGAAUGCUGGAAAUGUUGGCUGUAAGGCAGUUAGAUUUGCUCAGGCCCUGGUGCUGUAUUCAUCAACGUACGUGUUAGUGGCGCUAAGCAUUUUCGACCGGUAUGAUGCCAUCACUCACCCAAUGAACUUCUCAGGGCAGCUGUGAGUUUGGAGGCGGGCACGACGGCUGGUGGUGGUGGCUUGGUUCUUAUCAGCUGUCUUCGCCUCUCCCAGCCUCGUCUUCUUCAUGGAGGCUCCAGUUGACGGCGUCAUCCAGUGCUGGAUCGACUUCUCUGAGGCAUGGCAAUGGAAGCUCUACAUGACACUGGUGGCUUUCACCAUCUUCGGCUUCCCCACAGUCAUCAUCACUGCCUGCUACGCCAUCAUCGUCUAUACCAUAUGGUCCAAGAGCAAGAUCAUGACCCUUAACAGCAAGGCCCUCGGCACCAAAAACGGUGAGAAGCGUCGUGGUGGUCACCAGGAGGACGACUCACGACGUGCUAGCUCCAGAGGUCUUAUUCCCAAGGCUAAGAUCAAGACCGUGAAGAUGACCCUCGUCAUUGUCUUCGUAUUCAUCCUGUGCUGGUCGCCGUACAUCGUGUUCGACCUGCUGCAGGUGUACGGCUACGUGCCUCAGACUCCCACAAAUGUGGCAGUAGCUACCUUCAUACAGUCGCUGGCACCGCUCAACUCGGCCGCCAACCCCAUCAUCUACUGCCUCUUCUCCACGCACAUCUGCCGUAACCUGAGAAGAAUCCCAGUGCUCGAGUGGGUGGUGAGACGGGCCUUCCCCUGCCUGGAGUGCGCCCAGCAACCGCUGGAGCCUGUACACAACUUCCAGCGCUGCGGUACAGAGUACACCACGAUGUCUGAUGCCUCAAGCAGGAGGCAGACCCUCUCCUCCUCCGUCAGGUAUAAUGCCAGGUACCAACCAGUACGUGCUGGAGAGCUCAACAAGGGGUCAUCUCUCACCUCUGCCACCUUGACCAACGAAUACCUUAAUACAGAGCUUCUGGCAUACAGUACCAAGCGUUCCCACGACCCAUUCAUACGCGGCUCUGUCGUGUAGGAGACGCACACGACCAGUUCAGCCCGGGACUUCGAAAUCGACAUCGAGAUGCAAUCACAGGAUGCUUAGCUCAGAGGGGCCAUCGACAAGAGACAUCCUCCACGAAGAAUAUGGUCGUCACGAAAGGCAGAUAAGACUGGUUGCUUUGAGGGAAGGAAAGGAGACUUUAGAUCUGUCCCUUGUGUGAAAAUAUAUAAAUAUAUUAAAUUUCCACAUUGAAAACAGGAAAAACCUGAGUAUUUUCAGGUGCUUACAUUCAUAUUGCAUAGAGAGGAAGAAAAUGUAAAGACACGUUAGUUAGUUAUGUAUAAUAACACAUAAGAUGUCAGUUCUAAUGCAAGAGAUCGUUGAGAAAGAAAUAAGAUGGGUGAAUCGAGUGAUGUGCAGUGUAAAAAUACCUACCUGGCAGACUAUUUGAGUAUAUUAAUGUGAGACCUCAAGCAUGCGAGGCGGGGAAUUUGCAAGCGCUUGGGGUUUAAAAAGACGUCCAUGCCAUUCCAAACCUUCAUGUGACGAUCAGUUGUGGAGAAUGAGAGGAAAGAAAGUACUCGAAGAUAAAUAUGGCAUCCGUAGAAGAAAAAUAAAGAGGUGUAAGGAAUCAUUUGUGCAAAAGCAGUAGAGUAAGCAAAUACUGACAAAGAUUACCAGUCUUUGCUGGCACACAUACAAUUUGUGGUGAGCAAUAUGUCUCAUCUUUGUCGACUAGAAAAAAAAGACGAUAGGUCGUCCUGGGUAGAUACAAGGUCACAGUGACAGCAAAACACAUACACACUGAGAACAGCUUCUGUGUACUUACUUAUGACUGGCAUUAUAGGCUAGUGAUUGCAUGUUAAAUGAUUUCGAGAAAACUAUACCAGAGAGGAGUGUAUGAGGAAAGUAUGAGCCACAUAUAAUUGUGAGUCACAACGAAUUUAGUCAAAUAACCAAGGAUAAUAAACGCUAAUUUUUAUCUCUUUCUCUAUCUCCUUCCUCUCUCUCUCUCUCUAUCUCUCUCUCUCUCUCUCUCUCUCUCUCUCUCUCUCUCUCUCUCUCUCUCUCUCUCUCUCUCUCUCUCUCUCUCUCUCUCUCUCUCUCUCUCUCUGACACUUCUGUCCAUGCUGAUCUGUCUCUUGCAGAAAUGUGUUCUAUGAUUGUAUUUAUGUGAAUAAAGUAAGUUUCAUCUGUAAUUAUAUAUGUUCACUUUACAAUUGUGUUUGGUACCAGAAUGAAGGUGAGCAGGGAGCAAGUGGGUACUAAAGUGUAUAUUUAAGUGUCUUUACCUAUGGUCUCAAUUAGGAUUCUCUGGCAACCGCCAGAUUUACUGGCAACAUAAUUAACGAAUUAAAGACAGUGCUGAACAAGCCUUUAUUAUAGAUAACAUUUUGCUAAGGAUUAUGUUUCAUCAAGCCUUGAAAUGGCAUAAUCUUGCGCGAGCGUCGUCUUUUGCAAAGGCUUCGUUUUUUAUUAGGAGAGUCUAUACUUGCUUGUCGACUUGUUGCCCCAGUUGCCAGUCAACUUAAUCCUGGCCUACACGUAUUAAUUUGAUGUCUGUGACUUGCUCACAAGUCUCCGGUCCUCAACUAAUGGUUGUGAUAUGCCCUGGCUGAGCUUAUAAUACGUAUCUUAAGUGAUGUAAAUAAGUACUCUAAGUACAUUUACGCAGACAAACAUAGAAAUAUUUUGCACACAGAUUCAGCGUAAUAAUUUGAAUCAAUCAAUAAAGUGCAGUUAUAAAUACGGACAUAUAUUUAUUUUGCACAUGGCGGCCAAGUGAUUUUAAUACACUCAUAUAGGUAUAUAGGUUUGAAGUGUUUAGUAUUGGCAAAAAUAGCGUGUUUAUAUAGUCAUUUGGAAGAUGUAAGGCCGUAUGGGUCAGAGAUAGCCUUGGAAAGGCAAGGAAACCAAGUUCCAUCUGGAAAAUGGAAGAAUAACACCAUUCCUUGAAUGAGAACCUCUUACUAGCAUAAAUGCAAGGAAAUUUCCAGGAAAAUACUAGGAAUAGGUGGCAUGAGCUGUUUGAUUGUCCUUCAAACAAGUGACAGACUGUAACUAGAAACUACUAAAACAAUAUACUCAAUAAUAACAUUAUAUUAUUAAUAGUAAAGUGAUGUUAUGGUAAACUUUAAUCAAAGUACUAUUCCACGACUAUAUUCAAGUGAUUUAUAUUUGU